AUGCUCUCUUUCCACAGAACAUUUGCGGCAAGCCCUGAAGCUCUUUCCUCUGGACAUCCGUACUCUCUCGACAACUCCAAGAAAUCGUGUACAAUUCCUUUUGUCGAGUUUCGUGGCAUCGGUCCCCCCUCUUCGAGCAUUGGUCAUCCUGGAGAUGUCUAUGUCGACCUGACACAUACAGCACAUGCUCUUUACUGGAGAGACAGAAACGAAAACGACCCUGGACCUUGGAGAAGAUGGACUUCUGUGCUCCUAGACCAAGUUCCUCUCUACAAGUUUCUUGUAUGCCACCCUUGGGCAGACAACCCUCAGACAUCCGACCUCUAUCUUUGGGCCGAUCCUACUGGCAUCUCUUGGACGUCAAGAGCCGAGAUUUGUGCCAGUCGGGUUAUGAUGGUCCAGAAAAACAUCGCAGCAACCGCGCCGAGUCAGCGCAGCCCUGAUGUGGCAGCUCUCGUAUCGGAAAUUCUGGUCAAAAUGAUAGACAUGGAGGAUCGAAGGACGCUGCCUCCCAUUCUCGAGUCAAGCCAUGAUCAAGGACCGUAUACUACCGCGCCGUUUGCAAGCCGACCUCGCUCCCUUUCAUCUUCAGCUGACUAUCAAUCCACACUACCCCACCGGGCGCCACGCCCAUCGUCGCCUCAUCAUUACCCUUCCAAACGCCGGAACACGAUCACAAAUCCACCCACCCAGCUACCUCCCCUCGCUGUGGUAGUUUCCCCACGGCUUGCAUCGCGUGCAAAAAGUCCGCCUUUGUCUUUCCGACCAAUGCCCUACGAAAAGCCGAGGCCGGCUUCGCCGCCUCCCACUAGCUUCUCUGAUCACCGCCCCCAACACGCUAUCUCCGAGCCCGACCAGCGGUGUGAGACGCCGUUGAUCAAUUCUCGGCGUCAUGAACCAACUUCUUCGCCGUCACAGCCUCCAGCAAACGGACAUGCUACCAUUGAAGGUGUCCGUGAAGAUUUUGCUUGGACAGAGAUGCAGCGAGCACAAUAUGCUGAGGCUCAUUUCAAGCGAGAGCUCCGCCAGAAGAAUCGCGAACUUUCGAAAUUCAAAAAGAAAGAAAAGGACAUCAUCAGUCUGUCAUUCAUCUACCAGAAGAAAGAGCAAGAACUACUUGAUGCGCUCGCAACCACAGAGAGGAGAUCAAACGACGAGCUUGAGAAACAGCGGGAAGCGGUGCGGGACGCCCAACGCCAUGUUGAAGAAGCAGAGCGACAAACUCAGGAUGCGGUUCGGGAGUUGAGGCAACUCGAAGACGUAUUGAAUGAGGCACGUAAGGAAAUUCAACGCCUCAGGUCAUAUGCUGAGAAGAUGGAGGCUGAGAAUGGAGAACUGAAAGAUGAAAUGAGUAAAUCCUUGCGGUCCAGUGGCGAACCGUGA